CGAGGCCUCCAAUGGCCGCUCCUCCUAAGAAACUUCCCAUAUGAUGACUAACAAGUUUGGCCGCAGGAUAAGUUUUAACUACGACUUUUGUAAUGUAUCACUUAAGGAUCUCUCUCUUCUUUUCGUUCAUCUCAUUCUCCGUUGUUGCUUCUAAGACCAAGAAACUCCUCUCCCUUUUUACCUCUUCGAAAAAUCCAGAAAAGAAAAAAACUGAGAAAAGCAUCCUCUGCAAAUCUCGGGACUGGUGACCCAUCGAAAGUUUUGGAUUUCUUGACUUGUUUGGUCUUUGAAGACGGAAAGAACCAGAGAUGCCGGUUGAUUUUGCAGGAGCUGCUGUGGGAACAGCAUUCGGCGAGCUGUUCUCUGUCGUUGAGAACGUACUGCAAACCGUUAGAGCAUUUGGUCCCCAGCUGAAGAAGAUCAACAACACCUUGAGCAAAAUCGACCCAAUCAUCAAGGAUUGGGACGAGUACAACAGACGGCUGGACCGUAGUCUGACAGAUAUGCGUCCGAUCAAGGCCCUAUUGAAUAAAGGCAAAAACCUGGUCGAGAAGUGUUCAAGGAUCAACCCGCUCAACGUUUUCCAGAAGUAUAUGCACUCGAAAAAGCUGACCAAGUUUGAUGCAGAAGUCCUGAGGGAGUUCCAGAUUUACAUCCCACUGCUGAAUGCGAGAAACAACAGCGAGAUAUUGUGGGAGGUGAAGGAGAUGAGGAUGGAAUUCAAAGAGUUGAUCCGUUUUGGUCAAGUGAGCGGCGGGGCCCUCCAGAGCGGGCUCGGGGCUUCAGGCAACCUCGCAGUCCCUGAGGCACCCGAUUUCAUUGUCGGGUUGGAGGUAGAGGCGUCCUUGAGGAAGCUCAAGGGGCGGUUGCUCGAGGAGGGAGUGUCUGUGAUUGUUGUGACCGCCCCAGGCGGCUGCGGGAAGACCACUCUGCUUACGAAGUUGUGUCAUGACAUGGACAUUGAAGGCAAAUUCAACAACAACAUCAUGUUCGUCCCUGUCUCAAAGAAGCCCAACCUGAUAGACAUUAUCAGGAAAAUGAUUCAGCAUAAGGGUUUCAAGGUACCUGUGAUUGAAACAGAAGAUCAUGCAGUUCAUUACUUGCAGCGACUGCUCAUCAUAAUAGGACAGAAUCCUGUGUUGCUUGUGCUGGACGAUGUCUGGACCAACUCACAUUCCAUAAUUGAGAAAUUUGUCUUCAAGGAGAUCAAACAUUACAAGAUUGUGGUGACAUCAAGAUACGAGUUUCCUGCUUAUCGUCCUGUGCAUCACCUGAACCCACUGACUCAUGGCGAAGCCCUGGAACUUUUUCGUCAAUCUGUUACUGUUGAUGAUAGUAGCAUGGAUGCACCAGAUGAUGAGCUCUUGGAACAGAUAGUGAAACGCUGCAAGGGAUUGCCAUUGGCUCUUACAGUCAUUGCCAAGUCUCUCCGAGGAAAGGAUCGUUCGUUCUGGGAAACAAAGCUUCUUGAUUGGUCCUGUUCGGGUUUGGACAGUGACAUUCUAGAUUGCCUCAGAAAAAGCUUGGAUGACUUGGAUGGUAACCCUUCGAUCAAGGAACGUUUCAUGGACCUCGGCUUGUUUCCGGAGGAUCGCAAGAUCCCUGCCACUGUGCUUAUUGAUAUGUGGGUGGAAUUGUACAAGCUAGAUUUCGAUGGGGUGCAUGCCAUUGCUGACCUCAAUAAACUCGUUUACAGGAACCUAGCUGAUCUCGUAGUCACCAGGAGAGAUUCAAGUGAGGACGAGGACAAAUGUUACAGCAGCCACUAUGCUAUGCAGCAUGAUCUGCUCAGAGAGUUGGCUAUCGUGGAGUGCAACCAGCAGGGGGAAGUAGAGAAGAGAGAGAGACUUAUUCUGGACUUGACCGGAAAUAAUUUUCCCGAUUGGUGGAGCGAGCAAAAGCAGCUGACUCUCGGUGCUCGUCUAGUGUCCAUCUCCACAGAUGGAACAUUCUCAACACCCUGGCCAAAUCUUGAAUUGCCUGAAGCUGAGGCUCUUGUCCUGAACUUCGAGACCAACAUUCAAACCAAAACUUAUGCUUUGCCGAAAUUCAUUGAGAAAGCAGAUAAGCUGAAGGCCCUCAUAAUAACAAACUAUAGUUUCUUUCCAGCUGAGUUGGGCAAUUUUCAUGUCGUUGGGUCCAAUUUAAGGAGGAUCAGGCUCGAGCGCAUCACCGUUCCUUUCCUGAGCAUGGGAAAGCUACGCCUACACAGUCUACGAAAGAUAUCAUUUUUCAUGUGCGACAUCAGUCAGGCUUCGACGUCUGACGACACCAAAAUCUCCGAUGCAAUGCCAAACUUAGUGGAGCUCCACAUCGACUAUUGCAACGAUCUUAUGACAUUACCGGAUGGCAUCUGUGAGAUAAAGCCUCUGAGAAAGCUUAGCAUCACAAACUGCCAUAAUUUCUCAGAACUCCCUGAACAGAUUGGGCAAUCGGCGUCCCUCGAAGUGGUUAGGCUUAAUUCCUGCACAAACUUGUCGCAGUUACCGGACUCUAUUGGAACCCUCGAAAAAUUGAUAUCUCUCAAUAUAUCUGAUUGCCUGAGUCUGAGCACUUUGCCCAAUCAAAUUGGUCAACUAGUUAGUCUAAAGAGGAUGAACAUGAAAGGAUGUUUGAGGUUGUCUGAGUUGCCACGGUCAAUCGUGAAGCUGAGAAACUUGAGGAAGGUGGUUUGUGACAAAGGGAAAGAAGUCCUGUGGGAGCCUCUCAAGAGUAGUCUCAAUGCCUUGAAUAUAAUAGCGUCCAAAGAAGAAGAGGCUAACUUAGAUUGGCUGCGUGAUUAAGAAGAAGGCGAUCAACCUCGCUGGACUUUUUUUCCAUAUUAAAUGUUGUCUUUGUACUAUUUUUUUAAUUUUGUGUUGUUUGUUAAAUUUAUUUCUUGUACUUAGCCUCUUUUUUUUUUUUUUUAAUGUUGAGGGCCGUGGCUGAUCGGACCAAAUAAUAGAUGAGUAGCGCCACACCAUUUUUUUAAUGUU